AUGAUAUCCUUAUCAGAUCUGGAUAGAAUUGAAAAUAAUAUAAAAUGGAACUUAUCCCAAGAUAUAGAAGCAGAAAUACAUUUAGAAAAUACCGAAGAAAAAAACUACAACACAACAAAAAACAUUUACCAAAUAGUUACAAAAGUAGAUGAAAGUAAAUUAUCAAAUGUUAUUUGCAAUAACAGUAAUAAUACAAAUGUAACAGAUUUUAUUUGUAAUAUAAAUGAAUACGACAGUGUUGAAAUUGCUGUUGUGUUCGUAUUAUUUUUACUAAUCGUAGUAACAGUUAUUGGUAAUACUUUGAUAAUAUCAGCAGUGGUUACUACGAAGAGAUUAAGGACAGUAACAAAUUGUUUUGUUACCAGUUUAGCUGUUGCUGAUCUUCUUGUUGGUAUUUUUGUAAUGCCACCAGCCAUUGCAGUUCACAUUACUGGUAAAUGGGAACUGGGUUGGAUUCUGUGCGACAUUUGGAUAAGUUUGGAUAUAUUGCUAUGCACCGCAUCAAUCCUGUCUCUCUGUGCGAUCAGUAUCGACCGAUAUCUGGCAGUGACGCGGCCAUUGACGUAUUCGAGGAGACGAAGAUCUAAGAAACUGGCACUUACUAUGAUAUUCUUUGUGUGGAUUUCUGCGAGCGCGAUUACUUGUCCGCCUAUGUUUGGAUGGUAUGAACCAGAUCACAAUCAAGGAGGUGUGUGUCGGUAUAAUCAGAAUCCGGGAUACGUCGUGUUCUCAGCAAUGGGUUCGUUCUUCUUGCCUAUGGCUGUCAUGGUGUACGUGUACGCAAGAAUAUCUUGUGUAGUAGCAAGACGACAUCAACAGUUAGCCAGUACGAGUAAAUGUAAUAAGAAAGGAAAAUUAUCUUGUGUGAAAUCUGAAUCGGAUUCCGGUUCAGACAAGUUAUCGCUAAGACAAAGUGCAUCGAAACAGACAUCGAAGAAUUCAACGCAACAAAGCGAAUGUUCAACACAAACUGAACCGAAAUGUCCAUGUUGUUUCAACGCCGCGAAGAAAACUAGACAACCAAAGAACUACAAAGAGAACAAAGAAAGAGAAUCUAAAUUUUAUAAUGAAGUUACAUUUAAGUCUAAUUUUAAGUAUAAAAAUACUGGACGUCAUAGAAAUCAUUCUAUGAAAGAUCACAUUGAAAAUAAUAGAGUAUCUUCUUUAAGAAGAGAGACAAAAACAGCACAAACUUUAAGUUUAGUAGUUGGUGGGUUCGUUGCUUGUUGGUUACCUUUUUUCUUAUAUUAUAUUCUAACUCCAUUUAUUUCAAUAGUCUACGUAAAUCCCGUAUUAAUGUAUAUACUAACAUGGUUAGGAUGGUUUAAUUCAGCUAUCAAUCCUUUUAUAUACGCAUUUUAUUCGCCAGAUUUUAGACUAGCAUUUUGGAGACUUACUUUCAAGAAAUGCAAACGAAAUAAACGCUAA